CUGGAGUGAUGUGUCAAUGAGGAAUGCCCAAGCCACGUGAGGCUAAUUGAAAGCUCCCUCUUUCUUCCCUCAACAAAUGCCUGCGCAGUAAACUAUAACUUCCCAAUCCCGAUCCGCUGCACUGACAUCAGACCUUUAGCAGAAUUCAUCCAAAGAUACCCGACCUCGGUGCUUCGUCGUUCACAUUGUCUGACUCGUGUAGCAAUGCCCCAACCGAAUCCGAGGUGGAUUUUUCCGAAUUGAGCAGCGGAUCCGACUCCUCGUCUUCCCUCUCAUCCGCAUCUGAAUCGUCGUUCAAGCCCUAUACCCCCGGCAUCCAAUUCCAACUCGAAUCUCUCCGCGCCGAGAACCUCUCCCUGAAACAGCUCAACGCGGAGCUGCGACAGAUCACGGUAGCGGCCCAGUGGAAAGCGAAGCAUAACGCGCAGCUGCGUGUGCAGGAUUACACACAAUAUCAGACGGAGCUGGAAUCUAUCGAGCGCGCAAACGAUCUUCUGAGUCAGGAGAUGGAGCAUGAGCGCGGGCGCAGGAGGGAGGCUGAGCGGAUUCUAGGGGAGAUACAUGGGGGCUUGACUAAUGAAGAAAAAACGGAGUUGGCAAAGGGGAUUUCCAAGUUCAAGCCCGAAUCAAGACAGUUGGCGAGGAUGAUCGAGUUUCUAUCUCUAAUCGUUCCAGGUCUAGAUGAGGUCCGCGACAGCUGCCUCUUGACCAUCCGAUACAGACCCUGACAUUUCUCGUUGCAGUCUACCACAGAAACAGAGCUCGAAAUCGGUUCACUUCCAAUCACAGCGCAAUUGAAACUGUACAAGUUUGUAGUUUUGAAACAGGAGCUUGAAGACUGGUAGCCGAAGAUGUAUUCAACCUUCCUUUCCAUGGAAUACGUUAUAUCGCGGACAGUUUGUUACAGAAAUACAUGGUUUGGUAACAUAUCCGAAGUGUAGCGAAAAGCCAGAAUCGCAACGCUAUUAGCGAAUCUCGAAGCGGAAAUAGGCCUUGUCCGCCACCGGACCACAUGCGAGACAAUUCAACAUCUCGGUUAGUGUCUGGGGAUCUGCACUAAUAAUUUAUCAUGCGGUGAGUAAAGGAUCCUGACGCAGAUCCAAGGGUGUUGGAGUUAAUAACGAGUAUUGCGGCCCGCAAAAGUCAACAAACUGUGUGUCGAGCGAGUGCGCCAGCUCAAACCCUCAUCGAAGUUGAGAGAUCCGGGAAAAAGCGAAAGAAGGCGAUGCAGCCGAGCCCAUGCCCUUCAUCAUGAUGACCGAGGGCAGGAGAAGCGGACGGAGGUGUCUCGAGGGUCAAUGACGCGCGACGACAAUCGACAAUCUGCAGUGCGUUAAGAGAACCGAAUGACGAGAAGCCCCUGAUUAUGGGGACGAGUUGCAGGUGAGCGGCCACUGCAAAAGCAGGUUGUCCUCGCCCCACAUGCAGCACGGCGGGAGACGACAGAUGCGCAAGAAACCCAGAUCGGGAUUCACUCGGGCGUGCUGCUCGUCCCCUUCAUCCCACUCUUGCAAAGACCGUUCACAUGCGGAUCUUCCCGCCGAGUUACACUCAGGUGCGAUGGACCGCUCAGCAGCUGGCUCAGACAUUCGGCCAGCGCAUGGAGUUACCAGAAAGCGCAUGUCUCAUCCGACGAGUUGACCAGAGGGAGAGGGAGGGGUUGGGAAGCGCACAUCGGGGUCCGGUCCGCUUGCAUUUCCUUCUUGUGCAACCGAGGAAAGAGGACACGAGGAGAUGGAUGCUGUACUGUGGAAGCAUGGGUUAGCGUGUACCCGACUGCACGUAGCCGGAUGCACUUCAAGCAGCACGCCGAGGGCGAUAUCAAUGAGUGGUUCGUCCCAGUGCUCAGUAAUGAGCGUAGAAGUGGCGUGUAGGCGUCGUCACUGGAUUCCGGGACGUGGCGCGAUAACGCCGUUUUACAGAUGUAUGCUUAUGGGCACCCGUGAGAGGACUCUAGAAAUGUGGCCACCUGUUGCAGCGGAAGCACGAGAAUGUGGAUGCGAAGGAUGUAUUCAGUGUUCUCAUCGACUGGCGGUCGUACUCGGACAGCAGCGUCUCGGAGGAUCAGAGGAAAGCUCCGGUCACAGACACAUCACAGUCACGCCUAUGCUGGAUCACGAGCAACUGACACGUCGCGCACGUGCCCCGAGGGGAAUUGUAGGAGUCAACGAGCAAGACGCAAGUGCAGUUUUGACCAUUGUAGUGACAUUCUGGCACCCAAAUUGAAUCGCCAGCAGAGAAGAGAAAUGGAGAUUACAACUAUUGACCGAGG